AUGAUCCCCCCUUUCGACGUGUGCUUCCCAUCCUCUGACUCAGUCGUAACGGUUAAAGCCAUUAAUGUUGGUACUGACGCGACGCUCUCUCCCGCUUCUUUUUUCUUACAGCCUGUCCUCGAUGGUUUCGAAGGCGCUUACGGCCCCAUAUACACCUUCCUGAUUGAACACCCUGUUAGAGGGAGAGUCAUGUUCGAUCUCGGGAUUCGUAAAGACCAGGAAAACCUCUCUCCAGCUGUACAGGGGCUGUUGGAGAUUUGGGACUCGAUGGGCCCGUAUUCCUUAGUCGUGGAUGGUGAUGUCGCUGGAAAACUAACCGCUGGUGGUGUUGACCUUGAAACCAUUAAAGCUGUCAUUUGGAGUCACUCCCAUUUAGAUCAUACCGGUGAUAUGGCGACUUUCCCCCCAACGACGGAGCUUCUUGUUGGUCAAGGGACUGACUUACGAACAUAUCCCGAAUUCCCAGACGCGACGCUCGUGGAAAGUGAUCUUGCGGGCCGCAAAGUUACAGAGAUCUCCUUUGAGGAUACCACCCUUCGCAUUGCCGACCUAGCUGCCGUGGACUACUUUGGUGACGGUAGCUUCUAUAUUUUAGACACACCCGGGCACCAUCCGGGCCAUAUAUCCGGUCUUGCACGAGUAACUUCGACAACAUUCAUCCUGCUCGGAGGCGACUGCUGCCAUCAUCCAGGUCAACUCAGGCCGACUGCGACCCUCCAUGCCCGCUGCCCUUGUCCCGGACACGUCAUCGACUCUGCCAAAUUAUCCGUUUGCCCAAAACAGUUCUCGUCAUCUUCGGAUGCGCAAUUUGAUCUCUUAUCACGCACCAGUCCUAUGUUAGGCGUACCCUCGGGAUUAUCGGUGUAUGCUGACCCCGAGACCGCCACCACCACAAUUGAGAAACUGCUCAAGCUAGAUGCACAUCCCGAUGUUUUAUUCCUGAUUGCUCACGAUAGUUCCGUUCCCGGGAAGAUAGACGAAUUCCCCAAGAGUCUAAACGACUGGAAAGAAAGGGGAUGGAAGCAGGAGCUGACAUGGGCAUUUCUGAAAGAAGAAAGCCGGGCAUUUAGAUUCGGUACCGUAAAGAUUUAA